CGCUGCCCCACUAUCCCGCCGCUCCUGCUCCGAGUGCGCGCGGAGCUCCGCUGCUUAGCUCUGCCGGCUCCGAGUGCCUGAGCGCCCGCAGCCAGCAUGGAGGCUCGCCGCGCGCGGGAUAGGGGAGACUUCCCAAGAUGAUUGAAGGGUGUAUACUAGGCACGUGAGCAGGUUGGGUUGCAAUCAUCUUGGAAAUAAUGUUGUUGAAUGGAAGAGGCUGAAAUGAAGUGUUAGAUGAAGAAAGUCCAGAAUGUUCUGUCCUUCUAACACCCAGCAUAUAGCAAAAGGAUCUCAGAGUAAAGAACUUAAAGAAUUUCAGAUAUAUGAAGUUGAUUUCCAUGGAAACCUCGUCAUCCUCUGAUGACAGUUGUGACAGCUUUGCCUCUGAUAAUUUUGCAAACACGAAACCUAAAUUCAGGUCAGAUAUCAGUGAAGAACUCGCAAAUGUUUUUUAUGAGGACUCUGAUAAUGAAUCUUUCUGCGGCUUUUCAGAAAGUGAGGUGCAAGAUGUAUUAAACCAUUGUGGAUUUUUACAGAAACCAAGGCCAGAUGUCACUAAUGAACUGGCCAGUAUUUUUCAUGCUGACUCUGACGAUGAAUCAUUUUGCGGUUUCUCAGAGAGUGAGAUACAAGAUGAAAUGAGACUGCCAGUGGACCGGGAGGGCUGCAGAACCCGCAGCCAGUGCCGACACCCUGGACCUCUCAGGGUGGCCAUGAAGUUUCCAGCACGAAGUACCAGGGGGACAGCCAACAAAAAAGCAGUCCCUUCACAGCCCUCCCAGACCUCUGCUACUGAUUCCCAUUCUGACUCUGAAGAGGAAGAUGGCAUGAACUUUCUAGAAAAGAGGGCUUUAAAUAUAAAGCAAAACAAAGCAAUGCUUGCAAAACUUAUGUCAGAAUUGGGAACCUUCCCUGGAGCAAGACGUUCCCUUCUGGGCCGCAGAUCUGAAAGGUCAAAGCCUAGAAGACGUACAUUCCCAGGUGUGGCUUCCAGGAGGAACCCUGAACGGAGAGCCAGGCCUCUUACCAGGUCCAGGUCCCGUAUCCUGGGGUCCUCGGGUGCUCUGCCCAUGGAGGAGGAGGAGGAGGAGGAAGAGGAAGAGGAAGAAGAUAAGUACAUGCUGGUGAGAAAGAGGAAGUCUGUGGACAGCUACAUGAAUGAUGAUGACAUGCCCAGAAUUCGUCGUCAUGGAUCCAUGACCCUUCCACAUGUAAUUCGCCCUGUGGAAGAAAUCUCAGAGGAAGAGUUGGAGAACAUCUGCAGCAACUCUCGAGAGAAGAUCUAUAACCGCUCACUGGGCUCGACUUGUCAUCAGUGCCGCCAGAAAACUAUUGACACCAAAACAAACUGCAGAAACCCAGAGUGCUGGGGCAUUCGGGGCCAGUUUUGCGGUCCCUGCCUUCGAAACCGUUAUGGCGAAGAGGUUAAAGAUGCUUUGCUGGACCCAAACUGGCAUUGCCCUCCUUGUCGAGGAAUCUGCAACUGCAGCUUCUGCCGCCAGCGAGAUGGACGGUGUGCGACUGGGGUCCUUGUGUAUUUAGCCAAAUACCAUGGCUUUGGAAACGUGCAUGCUUACUUGAAAAGUCUGAAGCAGGAAUUUGAAAUGCAAGCAUAGUACCUGGAGUUGCGCUGCCUACCUCCCGCUUCCCAAGUCUGUCUUGCUAAAGUUCUUGAUGAUGUCCUUGAUUGAAACCAGAGGAAGAAUCUUGGUGGUCAUUCUGUCUUAGAAAACUUAAAUCAGGUUAAUCUUGGUAGAUUUGUACUUGUUUCUGGUACAUCGUGGAAGGGAUACUGCUGGCUAUACGUUUAUCUACAUGUAGUUUCUCAAAGCUGUGCUUGUCCUGGCCCUACCUUGUAGCAUCCUUGCCACUUAGUUUCUGAAUUCUUUUUAAAGUGACAGUUUUAUAAAAGCAUAUUUGGUUUAAUUGGUGUUGAACAAGUCCCUGAACACACCCAUAAAACCCAAGCACUUAGAGGUACAGGAGUGUUAACUAACUGUUCUAUUGAGUUCCAGAGAAUAGCCCUUUCACUUGUUUAUACAAAAACCUGGAUACAGUUGUGUUCAUAUUAGUUGACAU